CCUCGAUGGUGCGCUGCGGCCAGCGGUGCGCCACCGAGUGAGGCGCCCGCCCGUGGGAGCUGCAGGGGUGGCGGGGGCGAAGGUGGGGACCCGCGCGCAGAGGGCGGGCGCUGCUCGCUGCUCAAGGCGCCAGGCCCUGUCCCAGCCCGCGGCCGCCCUGCCACCCGCCCCGCGUCGCCUCCUGCGGGAGCUGGGGGCACCGGGUGGAGGCGCGCUGCUGGAGGCGGCUGGCUGGAUGCGGGACCUGCGCGGACUUGGCUGCGGACGGCGGCUCUGGACUCGCGGAAGCCGAGCGCGCUGGCAUGGCCUCCAACUUUAACGACAUAGUCAAGCAGGGCUACGUGAAAAUCCGCAGCAGGAAGCUGGGGAUUUUCAGACGAUGCUGGUUGGUUUUCAAAAAGGCUUCCAGUAAAGGACCCAGAAGGCUAGAAAAAUUUCCAGACGAAAAGGCAGCGUAUUUUAGAAACUUCCAUAAAGUAACGGAACUGCACAACAUCAAAAAUAUAACCAGACUGCCUCGAGAGACAAAGAAGCAUGCGGUGGCAAUUAUCUUUCAUGAUGAAACCUCCAAGACAUUUGCCUGCGAGUCAGAGCUGGAGGCCGAGGAGUGGUGCAAGCAUCUCUGUAUGGAGUGUCUGGGGACCAGGCUGAAUGACAUCAGCCUUGGGGAACCUGACCUUCUGGCAGCAGGAGUGCAACGAGAACAGAAUGAGCGAUUCAAUGUGUAUCUGAUGCCUACACCAAAUCUGGAUAUUUACGGCGAAUGCACAAUGCAGAUCACUCAUGAGAAUAUCUAUCUCUGGGAUAUCCACAAUGCCAAGGUCAAACUGGUGAUGUGGCCUCUCAGCUCCUUGAGGAGAUACGGGCGGGACUCCACGUGGUUCACCUUUGAGUCAGGAAGAAUGUGUGACACGGGGGAAGGACUAUUCACUUUUCAAACAAGGGAAGGAGAAAUGAUCUAUCAGAAGGUGCAUUCUGCGACACUGGCCAUAGCUGAGCAACAUGAAAGAUUAAUGCUAGAAAUGGAGCAGAAGGCCCGGCUUCAGACAAGCUUGACUGAACCAAUGACGUUAUCCAAAUCAAUAUCUCUUCCUCGUAGUGCGUACUGGCAUCACAUCACCCGUCAGAACAGCGUUGGUGAGAUCUACAGUUUGCAAGGUCAUGGGUUUGGUUCCUCAAAGAUGUCACGUGCACAGACCUUUCCCAGCUAUGCCCCAGAGCAGAGCGAAGAGACUCAGCAGUCCUUGUCCCGGUCCAGCAGCUAUGGAUUCAGCUACAGCUCAAGCCUCAUCCAAUGACACACAGAGAACCACUGCUGACCAGAGAGACAGUCUGUCCCAGACCUGCUUAUGGGGUCAUUGUGCCCUCUGCCUCCUGGAAGACCAAUUGCAGUAGAAAUUGAAAUGGGUUGGGUCUAGCCCCCAUCCCAGAGGAAGGUUCAAAACUGGAGUUCCGCUUCCUUGAUUCCGUGGCUAAG